CAAGACCCCCCACCGGCCACCGGCCACCGCCGCGAGAAGAACCGACCGACAACCGAGCAUGAAGGCCGGGCCUCCGCACGUGGCCAUGCUGGCCACGCCGGGGAUGGGCCACCUGAUCCCGCUAGCGGAGCUGGCCAAGCGCCUGGCGGCGCGGCGCGGUGCCACGGCCACGCUCAUCACCUUCGCGUCCGCCGCGUCGGCCACGCAGCGCGCGUUCCUGGCGUCUCUCCCGCCCUCCGUCGCCGCGCGCGCGCUCCCGCCCGUCGACCUCUCCGACCUGCCCCGCGACGCCGCCAUCGAGACGCUGAUGACCGCGGAGUGCGCGCGCUCGCUCCCCGCGAUCGCGGCCGUGCUCGCGGAGCUCGGCGAGACCGCCCGCCUCGUCGCGUUCGUCGUCGACCAGUUCGGGAUGGAGGCCUUCAACGCCGCCGGCGUCAGGGCGGCGCGGUGCCUCUUCAUGCCCAUGAACCUCCACGCGCUCUCGCUCGUCCUCCACCUCCCCGAGCUGGCCGCCUCCGUGCCCGGCGAGUUCCGGGACCUGGCCGAACCGGUGCGGCUGCCCGGCUGCGUGCCCAUCCCGGGGCCCGACAUCAUCUCGCCGCUCCAGGACCGGUCCAACCCGUCGUACGCGGUGAUGGUGAACCUCGCCGUACGCUGCCGCGAAGCCGCCGCCGCCAUCCUCGUCAACUCCUUCGACGCCGUCGAGCCUGAGGCCGCCGAGGCGCUGCGCCACCCAGCAGAGCCCGGCUGGCCGCCCGUGUACCCUGUCGGCCCGCUGAUCCUUCAGUCCGAGUCCGGCGGCACCGGCGCCGAUGUCGACGGCACGCCUCCACGUGCGGCGUGCCUCGAGUGGCUCGACCGGCAGCCAGCCAGGUCGGUCGUCUACGUCUCGUUCGGCUCCGGCGGCGCGCUGCCGAAGGAGCAGAUGCACGAGCUGGCGCUCGGGCUGGAGCGCAGCGGGCAGCGGUUCCUGUGGGUGGUGCGCAGCCCCAGCGACGACGAAGGCACGCUCAACGGCAACUACUACGACGCGGAGAGCAAGAAGGACCCGUUCGCGUACCUCCCGGAGGGUUUCGUCGGGAGGACCAAGGAGGUGGGUCUGCUGGUGCCCUCGUGGGCGCCGCAGACGCAGGUGCUGGCCCACGGCGCCACCGGCGGGUUCCUCACGCACUGCGGGUGGAACUCCACGCUCGAGAGCCUGGUGCACGGCGUGCCCAUGGUGGCCUGGCCCUUGUUCGCCGAGCAGCGGCUCAACGCGGUGAUGCUGUCGGAGGGGGCAGGGGCUGCGAUACGGCUGCCCGAGACCAAGGACAAGGAGAGCAUCGCGGCGGUGGUGAGGGAGCUGGUGGAAGGGGAAGGGAAGGGCGCCAUGGUGCGGGCCAAGGUGGCCCAGCUGCAGAAGGCUGCGGCAGAGGGCCUCCGUGAGGGUGGUGCCGCAACGACGGCACUUGACGAGGUGAUGGACAAGUGGGAGGCGGAAGCCAACUAGAAGGUGCAUUCGCAUGCAUGCCCGACAACACAAUCCUCUCCGCCAAACUCUUUAAAUCAUGAGUUGUCAGUGUCCAUGUUCUUCAAACUCUUUAAUUCGUUAAUUAUAUGUAUGCGUGGCGUGCAUAAAGGUUCGAGGGAUUCGUGAUGUUUAUUUGGGUCACUGGAAUAUGCCUGUAAAAUAUGCGUCGUCGUAGAUUACUUUGCCGGCAGAAUAAAAGUACUGUUCUUCACC